AUGGAAAGUAGUGACGAUUUAAGGACCAAAUUCUUGUCUAUCGUCAAGACAAGAUGGUUAAAAACUUAUGAAAUAUAUUCCAUUCUCACUAAUCCUGAGUUCUUGGUCAACUUGGGAAUUCCCUACCAGACAUGACCUCAGACUUCCCCUAAGAGCGGCACUUUUAUUCUAUGGAACAAGGUGGUAGGUAAGAACAGGUGGAAGAAAGAUGGUCAUGAUUGGAAGAAGAGGAAUAAUACUAAUUAUGUUAGAGAGGAUCAAACAGAUUUGAAGGUUAAUAAGCAGGAUUUAAUAGGUCUCGCCCUCUUUUCAAAGCACUCUACUACGAAGAUAUCCCAUGCAUCUAGUUCCAACAGCAGUCAAUCGGAAGGGAAAAAUUUAGCGGCUGAUUCAGGGACUCAUGCUUCUGAAAAGCUAAAAAUAAAAUGAAGUUAUACCACUGGUCUUGCAGGGUCCGAGAAGACUCCUCAAACAAUGAAGAGAAGAGCUUAUUGGAUUCUCGGUGAUCAAAAAGUUAUUAUAAUCCAUUAUCUAGACGAGGGUAUUGUACAUGAAAACUCUUCGAUAAAAUCUGAGAUUGGUCCUCCAAAACUUGAUCUUUCAUACAAAUGUGAGGGACUUGAUUUUAAUCCUGUUGAACAACAGAUUGUCAAGGAAGAUGUUAUGAACUCUGAGGACUGAGAGUUUAAAUCUCUAUUUAGUGACAUAGAAAUCGAUCCAGGUCAAUUUACUCGAAAUAAAAUUGAAAUGGAUCCAUGUUUCCCCGAUAAGAAAGAAGAUGAAGAGGUUACUCAAAAAGAUAAAGAAGAGACUAAAAGGGAAAGAUCCAAUAGUUUUCUUCAGUAUAGCUCGAUUCAUCAUUCUGAAGAAAUGAAUCAGAAAACCCAGAAUGAAGAGAUAAAGGAGCUCUAUGAAAAGAUAGAGCAUCUAGAAAAGAAAGUGAACACUAACAUCAACUCUGGGUCUACUAACUUGACAAACCACAAUGCAGAUGCUUUCAUGUUUUCAAACAAUUUGAAUGAUUGCGAAAUGUCUUUUGAUGGCAGAAGGAUUAAGGAGAGAGAUCCUUUUAGUGUAGAAUCUAUUAUUUCCAAGAAAAUCAAAAUUCUUGAUUUUUCCCCUGAGUGGGACUAUGUCAGCGGAGGAGCUAAGCUCCUUGUCUGAUUCAAACCUGAUCUGAAAGAUCUCAUUGAUCCUCUUACUGGGAUUGAUGUUUAUGAUGAAAUUGAAAGCAGGUUUAGUAUUUCUUUUGGAGAGUCAGAAGUUCCAAUCAAGUUCAUCCAAAGUGGGGUGUUCAAGUGUCAUGCUCCAGCCAACCCUCCUGGAUAUGUCAAUCUUAAAUUGUUUUAUGAUGGCAAGGAAGUAUGAGUGUCAGCCAAGAAGGACUCCAAUUUAUUUCAGUAUCGAGAAAACCAAAAUUCUCGGAGAAAAGCUUAUGUGAGGGUGAAAGAAAAUCCAGGAUCAUAUAUUGAUAGUCAAACUCGAGAAUUCAAAGUGAGACUUAUUGAGACACUUACAGGACUAGAAAGAGACUUGUCUCAGAAUAAUGGGAGAGAAAAUUCUGAAGUUGAGAAUAAAGAAGCCCAAAACAUUAAUUUCGACCAAUUGAAGUACCUAGAUGAUAAUAUCCUGGAGAAGAUUAAUAAAAUUUAUUUUAUCAGAGUCAUCAAACUUAUUCUAGCAAAGAUGAAGCAAGUCUUUGGAGAGCAGAGAUCCAAAGAACGGCUGGAUAGGAGAGAUAGCCAAGGAAUGGCUCUGAUCCAUUAUAUAGUCUGUCUUGAUUAUCAUGAAGUCAUCUCUGAUUUAUACAAAAUGGGUGCAAAUUUAAACAUACCCACAGAUUUCUCUUCAUCCGGAAAACAAAAUAUGAUUCCUAUUACAAUUUGUUCGCACAAGGGAUACAAUAAAUGUCUAAUUGAGCUUAUGAAAUACGUGUCUGUUCCAUACCCAGAAAAAGAAAAGGAAAUCAGGCUUGAUUCAAACAACCCUGGAAAGAAUGUCAACAAUGAUGAUAAGAGUGACAGUUCUUUCGAUCAAGAAGAGGAAGAGAAAGAGUCUAUCUGUCCUCUAGAAUGUGCGAUAAAGCAUAAAAAUCCUGAAAUCUUAGAGACUCUGCUUCGGAAUAUGACUUUAAGUAAAGCACUCAGGACCGAUGAGUCCAGUGAUGCUGACGAUAUGGACAUCAAACAAUCUUACUCAAGGAAGAACAUUGGAAACAUACAAGGAGAGAGCAGUCAAGUGCAAGCUAAAGGAAGAAUAAAGAAACUCCUAACUACUAGAUCCAAUAAAACAGAAGAGGCUCCUCACCCUGUAGGCUAUGGCAAAGAACUCAAUAGCUUAGAUGAAGAUGAUAAAUUCAGUGAAGAAAGCGUUGAUGAAUAUUUUGUCAAGAACUCUGAAGGUUAUAAAAUCGAAAUCAUCACAGAUGAAAUGAGAGCAAAUAAUGAAGAAAAGGAUAGAAGAAAUGGAGAAAUUAAUUCUCCGAAUCUCAAAAAUAAAUACUUGGAAACUAAUCUAAAUUCAAAGUUCAAUGAAAAGGGGAAAAUUAAGAAGUGUUCUAGCUCAAACUCAAAGCAAAUAGACUCAUUGGUAGAAGAAGGAGAUAUCAUGAACAAGUUUAAAAAGAUUAAUAAAAGAAAGAAAAGACUGCAAAACCUAAAAUAUUGCAUUAACGAUUUUAAAAAGCUCUGCAAACUUCAGAAAAUAGUCAAAAAAUGGAUUUUAAAGAGACAAGAGAAAGAUAUUAACUAUGCAUCCGAUAUGAUUCAUAAAGAACUUAACCAAAAGUUAUUGAAGAAGAACUCCAAGAAUAAUUUUAACCAAGAAAAUGCCAUCAUUCUAAUCCAGAGGAGUGUCAGAAAUUGGCUUGCUGAUAAAUACACUGAAACUCAUUGAUAA